GCGUGGUUUUCUUCGCAUCAAGUCCGGGUUAGCCCGAGCCGGUCCGCCGGUUACGGAGUGGGUGAAAGAAAUUGUAAGAUUACCGUUCCUUCAAUACGCGCCACUCGGCUCAGUUAGCUUUCAUUGCCCAGCGGACCGUCGGCGUGUGCGCACACGCAUAGCUUCCCUUUGAAAAAAAAAACAACUACAAAAAACAGACAGAAACACAUACCAGCUACCCCUACUUCCAGCACGAUCAGCAUAGAUCGAGAGAAAAAAAAAGCGAAAGCCUACCGCGAGUGUACGCGAACCUGUCGCGAGUAGCCGUGCGAUCGUGCGAAAGGUGACUAGCGAGCGUUCGCGAAUUAUUUUGCGCAGUUCCACUCGAUCCGUUCGCCCGAGCAGUGGUGUGGUGUCCUUCCUCUUCGCCCGUUCCGACCCCGGUACGGAAGUGGUGAAUUCCGCGACGUCCGCGUGGAGUACGUUUUGUUCGUCCAGGAGGUUUUUCGCGAGUGUGAUUUCAAGUUUUAGUUCAUUUUUUGUUUUGCUUUUGCUCAAAGUUUUCCUUCUGCGACCAUUUUUCUGCACCGGGAGUGCGUGAAUGUCGUUACAAAUGCAUAAAGUGCUCGAAAGUGCAUCCGGGAAGCAGUGACAACAAAACGUGGGCGGAAAUCGUUCCCUACAUUUGGUGUAUCGGAAAGCGGGAAAAACGCGCGUGGAGGAGAAGAAGAAAAAACCAACCCCUCAGUGACGAAUAGAAUUUUCGCUUCCGGAAAGGAAAAGCAGUUGUGCAGUUGAUUUAGAAAAAAAAGAGAAAAUAAAAUCAUCAUACCUACCAACAUGGCCAUAGACUGGCGAAAUCGUGUGAACAUAUUAUCCCUCGGGAUGCUACUGGUGGUUGCCCUGGCAGUGGAAGGCGUUCGCGUACAGCAACACACAUCCAGAAGAUUCAAAGAUGAAUCCUUCGGACACGAUCAGACACCGGCCUCAUCAUGGUGGAGUUCACACCUGACGGAGCCACCGAGCAAGAACUUUUACCAGGCGACACAUGGUCUGCUGCAAACGCACCCAUCCGUGCCGAGCCUGAAACCGGUCGCGGGCCCAUCCGCACUGCCCUUGAGCAGCGGUUCCCGCAAGGCGCCGACCGUAUCGUCGGCUGCCCUUAACAGUGGCUUUCCGUCCAUUGCCAACCCGAACCCACGGUCGCCGUUUCGUCAUCUGGACUUUAGCACCAGUGCGACGGCCGAACUACGGCGCAACCCCAGUCUCUCGGCCCCGGACGAGUGUGCGCGUGCCUGUCGUGAGGGAGAACCACCAAGGAUUUGCUACUACCACUUCACCGUUGAGUACUACACCGUACUUGGAGCAGCCUGCCAGGUUUGCACACCGAACGCUACCAACACCGUCUGGAGCCACUGUCAGUGCGUUCUGGCCGAUGGUGUCGAGCGUGGUAUCCUCACCGUGAACCGUAUGAUCCCCGGACCGUCCAUCCAGGUGUGCGAGAACGAUCGCGUUGUGAUCGACGUCGAGAACCACAUGGAGGGUAUGGAGUUGACGAUUCACUGGCACGGUAUCUGGCAGCGUGGCACACAGUACUACGACGGUGUACCAUUCGUCACACAGUGUCCGAUUCAGCAGGGCAACACCUUCCGUUACCAAUGGACAGGAAAUGCGGGAACACACUUCUGGCAUGCACAUACCGGUCUGCAGAAGCUGGACGGUCUGUACGGCAGCAUCGUCGUACGUCAGCCACCAUCGCGCGAUCCCAACUCACAUCUGUACGAUUUCGAUCUGACCACGCACAUUAUGCUGGUAAGCGACUGGCUGCACGAGGACGCCGCUGAGCGUUAUCCGGGUCGUCUGGCUGUUAACACCGGUCAGGAUCCUGAGUCGCUGCUGAUCAACGGUAAGGGUCAGUUCCGUGAUCCGAACACCGGCUUCAUGACGAACACGCCGCUGGAAAUCUUCACCAUCACGCCCGGACGUCGGUAUCGGUUCCGCAUGAUCAACGCCUUUGCCUCCGUCUGUCCGGCCCAGGUUACCAUCGAGGGACACGCACUCACGGUCAUCGCUACCGACGGUGAGCCGGUACAUCCGGUGCAAGUUAACACCAUUAUCUCGUUCUCAGGAGAACGUUACGAUUUCGUCAUCACCGCAGACCAACCGGUCGGUGCGUACUGGAUCCAGCUGAGAGGACUCGGCGAAUGCGGUAUCAAGCGUGCACAGCAGCUGGCCAUCCUUCGGUAUGCCCGUGGACCGUACCAACCAGCCUCACCGCCACCAACGUACGAUGUCGGUCUUCCGCAGGGCGUUGUCCUGAACCCGCUCGAUGCGGUCUGCAACGUACCACGGCCGGAUGCGGUGUGCGUGAGCAAUCUGCGUAAUGCGAAGAAAGCCGACAAGGCAGUAUUAUCCGAGCGGCCCGAUGUUAAGAUUUUCCUCCCAUUCCGGUUUUACUUCUAUCGCGUCGAGGAACUGUUCACACCGAACACGUACAAUAAAUUUUUGGUUGCACCCGGUGGAGAUCAUUUAAUUUCGCUCAUCGAUGAAAUCUCGUACGUUUCACCACCGUCCCCGAUGCUGUCGCAGAUCAAUGACAUUCCACCGGAACAAUUCUGUAACGGUGAUAAUCGUCCACCAGACUGUGGUCCGAACUGUAUGUGCACGCACAAGGUUGACAUCCCGCUCAAUGCCAUCGUGGAGGUAGUGCUCGUAGAUGAAGUACAACAAGAAAACCUGAGCCAUCCGUUCCAUCUGCACGGUCACGCAUUCCACGUGAUCGGUAUGGGCCGUUCGCCGGACAGUACGGUGAAGAAGAUCAAUCUGCGCCACACGCUCGAUCUCGAUCGACGAGGUUUGCUGAAUCGACAGUUCAAUUUGCCACCGCUCAAAGACACGAUCGCUGUCCCGAACAAUGGUUACGUCGUGUUACGAUUCCGGGCAGAUAAUCCCGGAUACUGGCUAUUCCAUUGUCAUUUCCAGUUCCACAUAGUGAUCGGUAUGAAUCUGGUGGUGCACAUCGGUACCCAUGCCGAUCUACCACCAGUGCCACCGAACUUCCCACGAUGUGGCAACCACAUACCUCCUAUAAAGUUUAACUAGUAGCCAAUAGAUAGUACACUCCAUUCCUGUGAAGACUCGUGUCCCAUAAUGUGAAAGUUCCAGCCUUUCCCUGUACCUCCCUCGCCCAAUACACUGUUCCCUUCCCAAAUCGCUUCUGUCCCUUUUUGCAAGUCAUCUGUAAAACCCGAGACGUCCUGCACCCCCACCCUCCCCGCCUCGUCGUACCGAUUAAGGAAUGUUCAUUAGAUAAGGACAACGAAACGAACCGUUCGCAGUGUGUCUGCGUUUGUGCUCAGAGAUCGGAUCAGUGUUCCAGCCUGGUGGCCACGGUGGUAGAGCCAUUUCUUGCCACAGUGCGAUUAAUUAGGAUAAAUGUACUCUAUUGUUUAGUAUGACGCGGCCGAAUGAACUAGUGUAGGCGCUAUCUCCGUCAGGUCCGUCAAAAGCAAUGCGUUAAAACAGAAAGCAAAAUUCCUCCGUAUGUAGCUAUGAACUAUUGUACCGGGUCCGGGUGUGUGUGUGUGCUUGAGGCACACUCAUUUCAACGCCACCAUCGUCUCUACUGCAGUUGAAAUCGGAAACGAAACACGAGUCACACUAUUCGCUAGAUAAUGUUCAUCCCUUGACUAGCUAUUAAAACCGUAAACGAAUCAGUUUUUGUGAUUUCCUACAUUUAUCGUCUGCUUUAUAGCUGCAAGCGGUUAGCAACACUUCACAGCUGUACCAUGAUUCACCACCAAAGAAAGUGUUUGCCGCUGCUAACAAUCGAUCCCUUCGUGAUUCGUGUGCAAAAAACAAAACAAAAACCAAGAAAGUUUUGCUCCCCCCUCACGCAAAUAAUUGCCUCUAAGGUGCUAAAUUCGUGUGCUCAAUUUAAGCUGGAUAAAAUAUAACACCCGGAGCCAUAUUUCAAUUUGGUUUUUGGCAUGCGGCAUGCGGGUAACGGCAGCUCGUAACGCAUUUUCUUUUUUCAUUCGCGCCAAACCUAACGCGACGUUGGAUUUUGUUGAAGGCAAAACCAGAGGAUCAGAUUUUUGUGACUCACCGUUCACUAGACGCUUUCCCACGGGGACUUGCAGGUGCUGUAAUGCCCUACCUCCCCACAUCCCCACGAGCCCGCUAACCGUACCUUCGGGCAGUACCAAUAUCUGGUUGUAUAGUAAAGUGCUUUGUUUCGCCUUUAAACGCGCGCAGAAAAUAUAUUUACGCGUUUGUGUAUUGGAGAAGCUUACUUGGCGUGUAGUUUCGUUCGGUUUUUUUUGUUUUCGUUUUGUAUUGCAUUACCUCGUAAAACCAGAUACGACAAAAACUGACUAGCAAUAGCAUAUACAUUCGUUGCAAAAUAUUGUAACCGCACUAGCAUAAGAAUGUGAGACGGAAAUGAGAGAAAAAAAGAGAGAAGACUCGAAAGAAACAAACCAAGUUCAGCCAAUAAAUAACAAUAAUAAAAAUACAGUGAGAUAAGAAUAA